AUGAAUCAAGACAUCAACUGUGUCCUGGUGUGUGACUGCUGGGGAUGUAAAGAAUGGGAUGAGGAAAAACUACAAGAGCUGCUUAUACUGGGAAACUGCCCAAUGGAACUUUUAGAAAAGAUUUGCCUGACUCCGUUUCAGAAAAUGAAGAAUGAUAUAUGCAGAUGGACGCUAACCGGGAAAGGGAAUAUCUCAACAUCUUCCACGUGGCAGCUGGCGAGAGUUCAUCAUCCCGAGAAUAACAUCUACAACCAAUUCUGGUGUAAGGUGAUCACCCAUUCUAUGGGGGUGUUCCUAUGGAGAUUGGUGUUAAACCGAAUUCCGGUCGACACAAAGCUUCAAUGGAGAAUGAUGCAAAUGGCAUCCAAAUGUAGAUGCUGCAAGACUACCGCCAUUGAGACAGCGGAACAUCUAUUAAUCUCUAGUGAAGCAGCCCGCUGGCUGUGGAAUUAUUUUGGGAAAUGGAUGUCUAGGGAUGCGGAAAGUAUGGAGGAUGAGGGAAGAAUUAUCCCGAGACUUCGCAAAUGGAGAAGUCUCUUCCCCGGCACUUCGCACCUGCACAUCAACUUUGUCCUUCCUUGCCUAAUCAUGUGGUUCCUUUGGCUGGAAAGUAUGACUGCACUUUCCAAGACAUGGAAUUCAAUGUUGGUCACAUCAAGAAGAGAGUCGAGCUGCACCUGGAGAAAGAAGGAGGAUACAGCAGGUUAA